AUGGAGGAAGACUUGGCGUACAAAAUCAUUGUGAUUGGGAGCGUUAGUGUAGGGAAGAGCAACAUCACAUCUCGGUUCUGCGAUGAUGCCUUCUACCCUGACCUCGUCCCCACUUUGGGGAUGGACUUCAAGUACAGUAGCUGCAGCACCCUCGAAAAGAAUCCGCGCUGCGUGCGGCUGCAAGUCUGGGACACGAGCGGGCAGGACGACUUCGUCACGCUCACGACUGCCUUCUACCGAAACUGCCAGGGCGCGUUACUGUGCUUCGACCUUACGAACCGGCAAUCCUUCGAGGAUCUCGAUCAGUGGUACGAGCGGCUAGAGCGGUACUCGCCUGUGGUGCCGCCGCUCAUCCUGGUCGGGUGCAAACUGGAUCUCGUAGAGAGCCACCUCGACGAGCAUGGCGAAGGAAUCGUCUUGGGCAGCCAUCGCCAAAUAGCCAAGAGUGAGGCAGACGCGUGGGCGCGGAAUUACGGCUGUCUCUGUUACCUUGAGACGAGUGCAAAGGAGAACACGAAUGUCUCGCAGGCGUUUCAGCAGCUCGCCACUUCCAUCGCCUCCACAGCGAAUCCCGGCCCCAAACAGACGGGCCGCACCCUCGGCCCCGGCGGCCGCCUACUAGUGGAAGAGAAGAAGCCAAACAAUCGCCAGUGCUGCGCCAACUGA